AUGGAUGAGCUACUGUCAUCUCUAACUAACUUUAAAAUAAAUGAAGAGCUAAAAAACAGUUGUAAUAUUAGUGAUAGAUUAUUAUAUAAAGUUUGGAAUAAUAUAUUUUUAAGAAAUGAAAUUCAUAAACAUAUUUUAAAGUUUAUUGAACAUAGUGUUGUAAAUCUUGAUAAAUCACGAUAUGGACAAUUUAAAGAUAAAUCAUAUAUAACAACACUUGAGUGGUGUGGUGAUACACUACUUGAUAAAAAUGAAUUUCCACCAUUUUUGACAAAUUUAUAUUUGUGCCAUUUUUAUAAGGUACCAACAACUUUACCAAAUAGUCUUAAAACUCUCACACUUGGUAAUGAAUUUAACCAAGUGGUUCCACCCCGCUCAUUACCAAAUAAUCUAACAACACUCACAUUCGGUGAUGAUUUUAAUCAAGUAGUUCUACCCGACUCAUUACCAAAUAGUCUCACAACACUCACAUUUGGUGAUUGUUUUAACCAAAUAGUUCUACCCGACACAUUACCAAAUAGUCUCACAACACUCACAUUCGGUUAUGGUUUUAACCAAGUGGUUCUACCUGGCACAUUAUCAGAUAGUCUCACAACACUCACAUUUGGUCAUGAUUUUAACCAAAUAGUUCAAACCGACACAUUGCCAAAUAGUCUCACAACACUCACUUUCGGUGAUAAUUUUGACCAAAUAGUUCCACCCGAAUCAUUACCAAAUAGUCUUACAACACUCACAUUCGGUAAUAAUUUUGACGAAGUACUUCUACCCGGGACAUUACCAAAUAGCCUCACAACACUCACACUCGGUAAUGAUUUUAAGCAAAGAGUUCUACCUGGCACAUUACCAAAUAAUCUCACAAAACUCACAUUCAGUGAUAAUUUUAACCAAGUAAUUCUACCCGGCACAUUACCAAAUAGUCUUACAACACUCACAUUCGGUUAUGGGUUUAACAAAGUGGUUCUACCCGACACAUUACCAAAUAGUCUUACAACACUCACAUUCGGUCAUGAAUUUAACCAAGUAAUUCCACCUGGCUCAUUACCAAAUAGUCUUACAACACUCACAUUUGGUCAUUAUUUUAAACAAGUAGUUCUACCCGACACAUUACCAAAUAGUCUCACAACACUCACAUUCGGUUAUAGUUUCAACCAAAUAGUUCUACCUGACACAUUACCAAAUAGUCUCACAACACUCACAUUCGGUUUUAGUUUUAACCAAAUAGUUCAACCCCGCACAUUACCAAAUAAUCUCACAACACUCACAUUCGGUGGUGGUUUUAACCAAGAAGUUCUACCUGAUACAUUACCAAAUAGUCUCACAACACUCACAUUCGGUCAUUUAUUUAACCAAGUAGUUCUACCCGGUACAUUACCAAAUAAUCUCACAACUCUUACAUUCGGUGAUUGUUUUAAACAAGUAGUUCUACCUGACUCAUUACCAAAUAAUCUCACAACACUCACAUUCGGUUAUCAUUAUAACCAAGUAGUUCCACCCGGAGCACUACCAAAUAGUCUUACAACACUCAAAUUCGGUAGUAAUUUUAACCAAGUAGUUCUACCCGGAACUUUACCAAAUAGUCUCACAACACUCACUUUCGGUUAUUGUUAUAACCAAGUAGUUCCACCCGGCACAUUACCAAAUGGUCUCACAACACUCACAUUCGGUGAUAGUUUUGACCAAGAAGUUCAACCCGGCACAUUACCAAAUAGUCUUACAACACUCACAUUUGGUCAUGGUUUUAACCAAAUAGUUCAACCCGGCACAUUACCAAAUAGUCUUACAACACUCACAUUCGGUCAUUAUUUUAACAAAAUAGUUCUACCCGGAACACUACCAAAUAGUCUUACAACGCUCAAAUUCGGUUAUUUUUUUAACCAAGAAGUUCUACCCCACACAUUACCAAACAGUCUUACAAAACUCACAUUUGGUCUUAGUUUUAAGCAAAAAGUUCCACCCGGUUUAUUUAAAAUUAAUUAUAAUUAA